AUGGCAGAACUACCUUUACCCCCAAUCUUAGACUCGGCCAUCCACCUCAUCGGACAGACGCCGAUGGUCCGUCUCAACACUCUUCCCCAGUCAGAGGGCAUCAAAGCCGAGGUCCUGGCCAAGCUGGAGUACCACAACGCCGGGGGCUCAGUGAAGGACCGGGUCGCCAAAGCGAUGGUCGAGAAGGCCGAACAGGAGGGAAGACUCAAACCAGGCGACACCCUGAUCGAGGCAACCAGCGGAAACACCGGCAUCGCUCUCGCCCUCAUGGCCGCGGUCAAGGGGUACAAAUGCAUUAUUACGAUAUCAGAGAAGAUGUCCGAGGAAAAAGUCCUUGUCCUCAAAUCUCUCGGUGCGAAGAUCGUGCGGGCCCCCGCGGGCGUGCCCAUCACCUCGCCCGACUCCAUCAUCAGCGUCGCCCGGCGCCUCAACGCUUCAACGCCGGACUCGCACAUCCUCAACCAGUACACCAACCCGAACAACCCGUUGGCGCACGAACUCGGCACCGCGCCGGAAAUAUGGACACAGUGCGACGGAAAGGGACUGCGGCAGCAGAAUCCUGGCGUGGUCAUCGUCGGCGCGGACCCCGUCGGAUCUGUGCUCGCGCAGCCUGGCGAGUUGAAUGCGGAGAAAGGGGAGUACAAGGUCGAGGGCAUCGGGUACGACUUCGUCCCUGGGGUGUUGGAUCAGUCUGCCGCCGACGUCUGGGUCAAGACGGGGGAUGAGGAGGCGUUUGGGUACGCGAGGCGGCUGAUUAGGGAAGAGGGGCUGCUGUGUGGCGGGUCGUCUGGGGCUGCGAUGGCUGCGCUGGUGAAGUUUAUGCGGCGGAGGCCGGAGAUGAAUCGGGAGGAUGUGCGGGCCGUGGUGAUUUUCCCGGAUGGUGUGAGGAACUAUCUUACCAAGUUUGUGGAUGAUGGGUGGAUGGAGCGGAACGGCAUGUCGUCAUAA